AUGGCUAUUGUGUGUCCCAUCCGCUUAAUGGAUUCAGUGAAGUUCGAGGAAGGAAACAUGAUGCUGGUGUGGGUUUUGGUGCUGACCGCACUGCUUGCCAAUGAUGUGGCAGAGACGACCGAUUCCUUGGAACGUGAGGUGACUCAGCAUCACCUUGAAAAACGUGACAUAGUCAAAGGAUCGUGUGCUGAAAAAUGGUUUUAUUAUCCUACCUUAUGUUCCUGUUACCGGUUUUUCCCUCAAAAACUGACAUGGUUAGAUGCUGAGAAGUUCUGCAAUCAAGAACAAAAUUACGGACAUCUGGCUACUGUGAUCUCGAGCGAUCACAACACAUUCAUUAACAACAUGAUUGGUGCAGUUAGCAAAGAGAAACCACAUGCUUGGAUUGGACUAAACGACAGAUGCCAGGAAGGUAAUUUCAGAUGGGCCGAUGGAUCUUCAUACAUUUACAAUAACUGGUCAAGUGGGGAACCUAAUAAUUAUGGAGGUGUCGAAGACUGUGUGACCGUUAAUCGUUAUGGUGACGGUACUUGGAAUGAUGUCAAAUGCGACAUAAGUCUUCCUUUCGUUUGUUCCUACAAACUGUUCUGCGAUUAG